AGAAGCUGAGGGAAGAGGCAGAGAGGGUCUGUAGGGAAUAGGCUCAAGAUCGCGUCUCUGAAAAAGGGGAACAGAUAGUACAAGAAUGGCUUCGAAACUCUACAGCCUCACGGCCAAACUGUUGACGGGAGAAACGUUUAAUUUCUCCUCCCUGCAGGGCAAAGUUGUCCUCAUUGAGAAUGUCGCGUCUCUCUGAGGUACGACCACCAGGGAUUACACCCAGAUGAACGAGCUCCACGAGCGUUACGCCAGCAAGGGGCUCGUUAUCCUGGGAGUGCCCUGCAACCAGUUCGGCCAUCAGGAGAACUGCAAGAAUGAAGAAAUCCUCAUGUCUCUGAAGUACGUCCGUCCUGGAAAUGGCUUCGAGCCAAAGUUCCAGCUCCUGGAGAAGGUGGAUGUGAAUGGGAAGGAUGCCCAUCCCCUGUUCUUGUUCCUGAGGGAAGCGCUCCCAUUCCCCAGCGACGAGCCAGCCGCCCUCAUCAGUGACCCCAAGUUAAUCAUCUGGAGCCCGGUCUGCAGGAAUGACGUGGCCUGGAACUUCGAGAAGUUCCUCAUAGGGCCAGAUGGCGUGCCCUUCAAGCGUUACAGCAGGAGGUUCCUCACCAGCGACAUCGAGGGAGACAUCAAGAAGCUCCUCAACCAGGCAAACUAAUGACAAGUCUUCCAAAAUGUCCCGUCCAACAACUUCCACUUGCACUAGCUUCUCUGCACUGUGUGACCUUCAGGUCAUGACGGGAAACAUCUUUGUUCUCACUUUUCUUCCCCUCAGUAGAUUUCCAAACCACCUGUGCUCACCUGUACACGAUUGGCUGUGUUCUGCUCUUUUACUAUAUGAAGACAUCCUCUGAAACCGAGCUAGUUGUGAGGGGGGUGUCUGAUGAAAUGUAAAAGGCUGAAUGUUUUCAGUUGCAUUGGGUGCAUGUAAGGCACAGCUGUGGUGUGAUGUAUCAUGAGGACCAAUAAAUGUAUUUUUUCAAACAUU